UCCAGAGAAGAUGGAGAAGCUGGGGAAUCCCAAGAUAGAGAAGCUGAGGAAUCCCAGGAAUCCAGAGAAGAUGGAGAAGCUGGGGAAUCCCAAGAUAGAAAAGCUGAGGAAUCCCAGGAAUCCAGAGAAGAUGGAGAAGCUGGGGAAUCCCAAGAUAGAGAAGCUGACGAAUCCCAGGAAUCCAGAGAAGAUGGAGAAGCGGGGGAAUCCCAAGAUAGAGAAGCUGAGGAAUCCCAGGAAUCCAGAGAGGAUGGAGAAGUUGGGGAAUCCCAAGAUGGAGAAGCUGAGGAAUCCCAGGAAUCCAGAGAAGAUGGAGAAGCUGGAAAAGCUGGAGAGCAGCCCCCCAAGCUCAGCUCACUCCAGGAUCUCCCCCAGCAAAGCCCCGGGAGCCGCCAUCCCUCGGGAAUGUCGCACACGGGACCAGCAGCCACAGCGGGCAGGGCCACCCUGUCCCCACCAGGCUGGAGGUGCCACCACCCCUGCAGGAAUUCCGGGAGCUGCUCCCCAGGCAGAGCAGGAUCAGCCCCAUCCUUUCCUGGGAUUUUUCCCCCUCAGGUGGGAUCACUCACUGCCAAAGUUCUUCCUGUUCUCCCAGUUUCCUUUCCAUGAGUUUCAGCCCCAAGUUUUCCCAAAUCCACCAUUUUCCCACAAGUUCCCAUCUCAUGACUCACACCAUCCCCUGGAUUUUCCCGUGUCCAAGAUUUCUCCCAGCCAUCUGUGCUGGGAAAAAUGGGAUAAAAUCCGAUUAUGGACAAAAGCAGCAGAGCUGGAGGCGUUUUUCCCUGGAAAACCAGACACCUUUUCCAGCCUUUCCUUCACACCUCGAAGAAAAGAAAUAAAACCCCCAAAUUCCUCCGUGAUAUUUGUUUUUUAAGGAGAGAAGAUUCCCGAGAUAUUGGAACAACUGGAGGCUUUUAUAGACCCGAAAACACCGGAGCACUUAAAAGGUGUGGAUCCAUCGGAGGGAAGCGGGAAUCGAUGGAUCCAUCCUUUCCUUUCAUGCUGCUUCUGCAGGAGCUGCUUUAAAAGCAGCAGGGAAGGAGAGAAAAGAGCGGGAUCGAUCCGGGAGGAGUCGAUGUGGAAUAAACUCGGCUCCGGAGCCCUUUCCAAGGAGAGCACGGUGGGCAUAAAACUGAAACUUUGCUUUCCCCA